UGUGAGCUGAUAAACUGAAGGAUUUUAUACAGAAUUGAAUGUAAAUAAUCCACAUUACAGCUCAGAUUCACGAUUAUUGCUGAUUAUUGCUGGUGAUUAUCGGUGAUUAUGGAUGUGAGUGAGGGCAGUAGUGGGGUUAGUAAGCGGAGAGCUCACGGGUUAUUGCAGCAGUAUUAUGGACUCGGUGAGGAGGGAGGAACCGAACCUGAAUCCGCGGAUCCGUGCGACAUCAACGGGUCUCAGUUCGAUCCGGAGCGCUAUCUCAACAAGUUGAGGAAGGAGUGUUCCCUGGCAGAGCUGAUGGAUCAGGAGAGCUGUAUGGUGAAGCAGAUCAGAUCUCUGGACAGCGACAUGCAAACACUCGUCUACGAAAACUACAACAAAUUUAUUUCUGCUACAGAUACGAUUAGGAAAAUGAAGAAUGAUUUUAAGAAGAUGGAGGAUGAGAUGGACGGUCUCUCUGCUAACAUGGCCUCCAUCACUGAGUUCAGCGCCAACAUCAGCACCACCCUGCAGGACCAUCACACCCAGAUCACCAAACUCUCAGGUGUGCACUCCCUGGUGCGAAAGCUGCAGUUCCUGUUCGAGUUCCCCGUCUGGUUGAGGAACUGUGUGGACAGUGGGGAGUUCGCGCGGGCGGUAAGCGCUGAGAGGAGAGCGCGCUGCGUCCUCAACCACUACAACAACAUCACCUCCUUCAGGGGCAUCCAGGAGGAGUGCAACACCAUCAUGCUCCAGCUAACCCUCCAGCUCAGGGAGAGGUUCAGGGACGGCGGUGCGAGUGCUAAGGAGCUCUCCGAGUGUGUUGAGUUGCUGCUGCAGCUUGAUGAACCAGCUGAGGAGCUCUGUGAUAAGUUCCUGAGCCACGCCCAGUCUAAACUGGAGGCGGAUCUACAGGGCUUGGAGGCGGAGCUUAGUGACUCCACCCCAAAACCGAACUCGGGACCGAACCAGAACCCACCGCCUCCGUCUGACCCGGGCGUGUCCCCCUCUCCGGCCACCAGGAUGGACAUUCUGGAGUUUAUUGACCGAGGCUGUAACGAGUUCGUCAGCAACCUGUGUUUAGUGAUCGCCGCCUAUCAGGAGUUAUUCAUAACCCGACCACAGGGGGGCGAGCUGGCCUCCAAACACAUCCCACAGAUGGCCAAUCAGAAGCUGCAUCAGUCCGUGGACGCUCUAGCCGGCAGCUAUUUCUCUCUGGUGGAGCGGCGGAUCCAGGAGGAGAAGGGCGUAGGGGACAACUCUCUCCUCGUGAGGGCGCUAGAUCGCUUCCACCGCCGUCUGCAGGCCAUCUCCAAACUGCUUCCGGGGUCGGGGGUCAGCACGCGAGGGACGGACAUCGUGGUGAGCGCGGCGCGUGAGCGGAUCAGGCAGUACCUGAGCGCCCUGCAGAGCUUCUACAUGGACAGUCUGACCGACGUACGCCAGGUUCUCGCCGCACCGCGCGCCUCGGUGGGCGGGGCCGCUGGAGCUCUGGGAGGGGGCGGGUCUGCUUCUAAAGACGCCCCGCCCACUCUCCCGGACCUGCUGAACUCGCUGUCGGUCUCCAUCCUGAAUCAGAUCAAGUCUGUGUUAGCGGCGGUUCAUCAGUUCACCGCUAAAGACGUGACGUUCUCCAACAAGCCGUACUUCAGGGGUGAGUUCUGCAGUGGGGGGGUGAGGGAGGGGCUGAUCGUUAGCUUCAUUAAGUUCAUCUGUCAGUCGUCUCGUCAGUUCUGUGAGAGUGUUGGAGACCGGAGCAGCUCGACCCCCCCGACACUCCUACUGCUGCUGUCCCGCCUGUGUCUGGAUUAUCACACUCACACCAUCAGCUACAUCCUCACCCUGACCGACGAGCAGUUCCUCACCCAGCAUCACUCUCCAGUUACCACGGUAACAGCUCUGUGUUCCGAAGCUCGAGAAGCAGCACAGAAGCUCCUCAACCACUACGUUAAGGUUCAGGGAUUAAUCAUCUCCCAGAUGUUGAGGAAGAGUGUGGAGACGAGGGACUGGGUGAACACCAUCGAGCCUCGUAACGUCCGUGCUGUGAUGAAGAGAGUGGUGGAGGAUACGACCGCCAUCGACGUUCAGGUGGGUUUGUUGUAUGAGGAGGGAGUAAGAAAAGCACACAGCAGUGACUCCAGCAAGCGAACUUUCUCCGUCUACAGCAGCUCCCGCCAACAGAUACGCUACGCUCCCAGUUACACACCCAGUGCUCCGAUGGACACCAAUCUGCUCAGUAACAUCCACAAGCUUUUCUCUGAGAGGAUCGACAUCUUCAGUCCUGUCGAGUUCAACAAGGUGUCCGUGCUGACGGGGAUCGUAAAGAUCAGUUUGAAGUCGCUGGUGGAGUGUGUGCGUGUGCGCUCCUUCGGCAGGUUUGGGUUGCAGCAGGUACAGGUGGACUGUCACUACCUGCAGAUGUACCUGUGGCGCUUCGUCUCGGACGAGAACCUCGUCCACUUCCUGCUGGAUGAGAUCGUCAGCAGCACGGCGCACCGCUGCAUCGAACCUGUACCCAUGGAGCAGAGCGUGAUCGAGCUCAUCUGUGAGAGAGGGUAGAGAGGGUUACCUCCGGGGGGAGGGGGGAGACACGCCCGGUGGGUGGCGGGGAGGGUAGAGGUACUCGAGGUGGUGGGAGGAUGAAGCUGCUGUAUAAACUGUAUUUGAGGGUAAAUCAUCAUAUCAUGUGUGUAUGAAUAAUAAUGUAUGAAAUCUGAUCUAAUAUAUUCACUGUUACACUUCAACAUUUUCACUACUUUACUAACAAUGGAUUAACACAUCAAGCACUAAAUUAUUAUUAUUAUUUUCAUUUCUGCUCUGUGUUGCUGAUUAAUAAAAUAAAU